AUAAAUAUCACCGCCUGGAGCACACUGGAAACGCCCACAUCUCUCUACACAUGCAACCAUUGUAAACCCAAAAAAUAUUCCCAAGUUGGCCACCGAAACCAUUGGAAAGAAGAGAGCGAGUUGCAGCAGGAGAAAAAUGUGGCUGGUGUGUGUGUGCGAGGACCAAGAGAAGCAGCUGGGGAAGCAACAAGCACCAGGGUCCUGUCCUCACUGUGGAGGCAAAGUUGAAGCCAUGGAUGUUGAGGUUCAAUCCAGGCUAUGCUUUUUACCCGUGUGCUUCAAGAUCAAGAGGAAGUACUUUUGCACUCUCUGUGCUCGUCGUUUAGAGCUGUUCUACUGUUACUAGCUAUUAAUCCUUAGUUUCCUUCAUCUCCAUCUUUCUAGAAUUUGUAAAAACAUGGUGUUUUCUCUUUUCUCUGUUUUCCCCUGUUCUGGGUUGCUUGUAAAUUUUAAGGUUGUCGGAGAUUUGUGUCUGGUUGAGAUGAUGCUUUGUAAUGUAAUGUAAUUAAUUAGUCAUUGAAUUAAUCGGAGAUGAUCAUUUGUGUCUGUUGCAUCAUUUUAAAGCAAAAUGUUUGAAUCCUUUUG